GUCGACCUAGCUAUAUCCAAGCAGAGUAUCCAGAGAAGAAAACACACAUCAAGAAUGGCAUUAGCAGCCGCCGUUCUGUUCCUGCUGAUGCUGUUACAUGUGCUGGUAGUGGCACCCGCGUCAGCUCGACGGCGGCCGCCCGUGGCGCGGCCGGGCUGCCGCGACAGCUGCGGCAACAUCACCGUUUCAUACCCCUUCGGCAUCGGCGCCGGUUGCUACCGCGACGAUGGCCGAGCUGGCUUCCAGCUCGAGUGCCACGGCUCCCCUCCGCGCCUCACCGUCAGUGGCUUCGACCACCACCUCGCGGGCCUCUCCCUCGCGUCCGGCGAGGCCCGCGCCUACCUCAACGCGACGCGGGAGUGCUUCAGCUCCACGCGGGAGUGCCUCGCGGGCCUCUCCCUCCGUUUCUAAAUAUUUGUCUUUUUAGAGAUUUCAAAUGGACUAUCACAUACGGAUGUAUGUAGACAUAUUUUAGAGCGUAGAUUCACUCAUUUUGCUUCGUAUGUAGUCAUUUGUUGAAAUCUCUAGAAAAACAAAUAUUUAGAAACGGAGAGAGUAAUUUGGAACGGAGGGAGUACAUUUUUGUGAUUUGUUUGAACAAAUGAUGUUGAAAUUGCUUUGCAAACUGAAGACAUCGACGAGUGCCAUCUCAAAGACGAAUACCCGUGCUACGGUGUGUGCACAAACACGCCGGGGAGCCACACUUGCCAAUGCCCACCGGGUACAAGUGGAGGUGCCACCGCCAAGAACGGCUGCAGGCCAAAGGACAAUUUCACCUUAGCUCUGAAAACCGUCAUAGGAGUCAGCGUUGGGGUAUUCUUGUCGGUGUUCAUGUGCUUCUGGCUCUACUUGGGGCUCCAGAAGAGGAAACUGAUCAAAGCAAAGCGGAACUUCUUCGAGCACAAUGGAGGCGUCAUCUUGCAACAGCAGAUGCGUUCCAAUAGAGGUACCUCUGUAGGAGGCGGCGGCGGGUUCAAGAUAUUCUCGGAAGAAGAGCUCGAGAAGGCCACCAACAACUUCGCCACAGACCAGGUCCUCGGACGCGGCGGCCAUGGAAUAGUCUACAAGGGCGUCUUGGAGGACGAGACUGUGGUGGCGAUCAAGAAGUCUAAGAUGAUGGAGAAGUCCGAUAUCAGGGAGUUCGCGAGGGAGAUGCUCAUUCUCUCCCAGAUCAACCACCGUAACAUCGUCAAGCUGCUUGGUUGUUGCCUUGACGUGGAGGUGCCGAUGUUGGUCUACGAGUAUGUCUCAAAUGGCACCCUCUACCACUUCAUCCACGGGAAGGAGCUUAACAACGACACAGCCUUGGACACCCGUCUCCGCAUAGCCGCAGAGUCGGCAGAGGCAUUGGCGUACAUGCAUACGUCGGCCUCACCGCCGAUCCUCCACGGAGAUGUCAAGACCGCCAACAUCCUCCUCGACAGCAACCUCACCGCCAAAGUCUCGGACUUUGGGGCAUCGAAGCUGGCGCCGAGCGAUGAGGUCCAAAUCGCAACACCGGUGCAGGGCACUUGCGGGUACCUGGACCCAGAGUACCUCAUGACAUGCCAGCUAACAGACAAAAGUGACGUGUACAGCUUCGGCGUCGUGUUGCUGGAGCUCUUGACUGGAAAGAAAGCGAUAUGCUUCAGUGGGCCGGAGGAUAGGAGCCUCGUGUCGCGCUUCAUAGCGGCCGUGAAAGCCGGCACGCAUGAGAAGCUCCUGGACGUCCAGGUGAGGAAGGAAAUGGGGCCCGAGGCGUUGGAAGAAGUCACCCACAUCGUGACCCGGUGCGUGAGCGUGAGCGGGGAAGAGCAGCCGGCCAUGAAGGAGGUGGCGGAGAGGCUGGAGGCGCUAAGGAGGUACCAGCGGCGCCCGUGGGGUCAAGUUGGUGGCAGUGAUUUGGAGGAAGGGCAGAGCUUGUUUGGAAGGGAUAUGGAACGGGGUGUGGAGUACAUGUUUGGGCCUCAAGAUGUCCUUGAUCUUGAAGGGGGUAGCACAUAUACUUUAAGCUUGUAGACUGUGUUUGUUCUUUCGCAAAGGCGAGGAAAGGCACCGUGACACCAUCAGGGAGGAAGGCAAGUUCAUCACGCCUGUGCCGGGUUUCGAGCUCCCGCCCCUUCCACCGAACGCUCCCUAUGAAGAGAUCACAUCACAGAGCGUUCAUGCAUGCAUUCCGUGGCAUUGACCAUCACUAGGUCUGUUCAAAGAUGCUUAAUAUAUAUUGUUCA